CGCGCCCCGCCCGUCCGCGGCUCGGGACGAACCGCCGCAGCCGCCGAACCCGGCCGGCGCCGCCCCGUCGGGCCCGGCCGGGAACAUGGGGAUGAGGACGCAGAACCGCGGCAGGCGGAGCCAAGUUAAAGCGAAUGAAUGCUCAGCUCUUGUCAUUCCCAGAUGUGGUCCAGCAAGUCCAUUUAAAGGACACUUAAGUAAUAAAAGUAAUGCUUUCUGCAUUGGCUCCUCUCGAAAUCUAACGAACCAGUACCUGAUCAGAGAUCACAUGAUGGUUCAUUAUAACAGAAUUCUUGCAGCUAAAGCAGCUGUAGACUCUUCAUUACCCAAAAGUAGGUUGACCAGCAUCAAAUUUGCUGACCAGCAAAGAAGAGAGAAACUGAAAAAGAAGAUAGCCAAAUGUGGAGAGAAAACAAGAGUGUGUGAAGCUCCAUCCUGUCCAAGAGACAGUGGAAGGCUGCUGCCAUCCUCUUUUAGAAAGAGUCUCUUGGAAGCAGAAGACAAUCUCUCACCCUCUGCUGGCCAGGCACAGUACCUACCAAGGGCAUCAUCUCCUUACGGCAAGGAUUGCUUGGUUCACUCCAGUCCAGUAAAAUGCACCAGGAAAUGUUCUUGGGAUACAUGCGGGAUACGUGCGGCUCUUUACUCACACUCCAGUGUCUGCGUGUCAAGGCCACCAGAUAAAUGCUCUGCACUUCCACGCAGUCACUCCAUCGAGAGUUUUGUGAGUGUGAAAUGCCAGAGGUGCCACGGAAACCACCCCAGAGCCAGCGGCGGGGAUCUUCUAGAGAGGCACUCUGAAUACUUCACUAGGAGCCGAAAACCUUUUACUCCACGCACCUUAAUAUCAGAUGCUAAACCUUUCCUGUCACAGUACAGGUUUUACACUCCUGCUCAAAGGAAGAAGAAAACUCACCGCAAGCAGCGUGUGGAAGCUCAAACACAGACUGAUAUGACCAGCUUUCCAUCUUCAGACAAAGUGCAUGUGAGAAAAGUUAUGGGUGAAAACCAGAAGAUCAAAUCAAAGGCUGAAGAUAAAAGAUAUACUUUGGAUGAGCCUGAGAGAGGAGUAGAUGAUUUUGAACACUCCAUCCUAAGAGAGCCAUCAUGGUGUCCUCAGAAGUCUUCACCAAAGAGAACUGUUGAUGAUGAAGAAGAGGAGCUGUUGUAUUUAACUUUCAUUGAAGAUGUAACAAGUGAAAUUCUUAGACUUGGCUUAUUUUCUGACAGGGUUCUGGAUCAACUGUUUGAGUGCCAUAUAGAAGAGAACAAGAACCACCUUGAUGAGGGCAAAAUGCGCCAGAUGUUGGAUGUGCUGAAAUCAGACCUUGGCUGCAGCCAGGACAGCGAGACAGAGCUAAUCCAUGCAGGUCAGGAAGCCUCGGGCCCAGUGGAUCUGCAGGAGUUUGAUACAACAGAAGAGCUUGAGUGUACCAGUAAAGGUCACAGGCUGAGGAAAGCUACAAAAAAAGAAGAAUUCCUUGAGACCAUGGACUUGUUAAAGAAACCAGACAAAUGUGAAUCACUGCCACAAAGCAGAAGGUCAAGGGAGGCACGGGGCAAGGAGGACUUCUCAGAAGAUACCAUAGAAAUUAUGAGUGCUGGGACUGAGUCUGAUUUCUGUGGUGUGGAAUUUGAACACCCAGACACUUCACCCACCUGUGAGGCAGCUUUACAUUUACUUGCUUUUGACAGUAAUUUGGAAGUCAAUGAGAAACUUGAUGAACUUGGGGAAAGCUUUGCAGAGGCCCUUCACAUUUCACAUAACUAUUCAUAACUGUAACCAAAACUUACCUAUUAAACAGGGAUAGAGCUCCUUCUGUGGUGAACUGCCAUUUUUCAACCAGUAGUAAAUUGUUCAGUUUAUUUUCAGUUAUUUCUGUUUAAAUACUGCUAAGAUCUCUGUAGCAGGAUACUGUUAAUUGGGCAUUAAUCUGUAUGUAAAUUAGACCUUAAAGGAUAAAUGGUCAGGUAUCAGAAGAAUUUUGUGUAUUUUGCCCAUAGUUGUAUAACUCAAAACAAACUUGAGAAUAUUAAAACUAGAUUUAUAUUUUUAGGGCUGUAAUAAUAAGUUAUGAAAUAUUUAUUGAUUUAAGUAAAUUAAUUGAUAGCACAGCUGUAGUCCUGCUAUAAAGAUCUGAGAUGUUGUAGUCUGCAAGAAUUCAACUUAACGUAAAUGUUACAUCAAUGUCCUCUUCCAGAAUGGACAAACAGUUCCACCAUGCAGUGUACUAUGUUACCCCUCACAGAAGCCCACAAAUGAAAAAUCAAACUAUUUCAUGAGAAGAAAAUCCAAAUUUUUACUGAUCUAUGUAGAUUAACGACUGCAGUUUUUUAUUUUCAGUUCUUAACUGAAUGAGACUGCUAAGUUCAAUUUCUUGCACUGAUGACAGCCAUGGUAUAGCAUUCUGCAUCAAGCUUUGGUUUUGGAAAAGGUUUGAAUUGCUUACUGUUUGAUGACUAGGACUGUGUAGAAGAAGACACAUCAGGCACCUUGUACAGCAAAUGGAAAAGAGGUGGUGUAUUUUCUGGUUUAAAUUGAAGUUAGUACAUGCAUUGCAUGAAAUUAACCCAAAUGUCAUUGUUUAAUCAGUGUACAGCUAUUGCCUGACAUUCCCAUUGCUGCAGAAUGAUCUUAACAGGUUCUGAGGAAAUGCUGGCAAGUUACAUUGUCUUGCUGUAGGUGAGGAACUAGGAGAAGUCUUAGGAACCUGGAUAAAAGCUGUCCUUUAAUAUCUCCUAGGGUCAGUUUCUAACUUUCCUCCAAGGACAAGCCCAAAUUGUACCAGUUCUUACAUAACAACUGCCACCACCUGCCUCCCCUGUGCCUUGUGAGCAUCAACCAAGGUCUGUGACUCCAUCAGCCAGAUGACCCAUUGCAGCUUAAAGGAGCUCCAACAGACGCAGACCACUGCUUCACUUAUGAAGCAUAAACUUUUAGACAAAAAGGAAAAAAAAACAGUCAAAAAACAGCUAGAGGAAGCCAGUGAGAGAAAAGCAUGUCUGGCACAAUCAUAGCACUGCAGUUCAGAACACAAUUCCCACUUUCCUGGGUACCUUGUCCACAAUAAUAAACUGUGGACAUUGUUGACAAUGACAGGAGACCAGAGUUUAUUUUAGCCAGGUACAUGUGGCUGGGCGGAUGGGCACCAGCCUUUCAUCUGCCGUACUCAGUUGGCUGCCUUGUAAGUCUGGCCUGCAGCAGGAGUGCUCUGGCUCACUGAAAAGCCAGGUGAGAAAAUGUGAGGACUUCUUCAUCCCCCUCAUCAGAGCCUGUCUUCUUGUAAAGAUGUGACCACAGGGCUGAGUCAGUACAGCGCAGGGAGGGUUUGUCCUCACUCACGAGUGAUCACAGACCUUCUCCCAUCCUCCAGGAAACUCCCUCUCAAUUCCUUACCCGAGAGAGCUGAACAGAAGGGAUGCCCUAGCAAAUUGUUUCUACUUUUUAUGAAGGAUUCUGACACACAGGGACUGGUUUGAAAACAUACAAGUUUUGAUGCAUAGAAGUAUAAAGCCUCUUUGCUCCUCAGUUCUUCAGGACUUCUCCCACUCUUGGGGCCCUCCAUUCCAAGUUCUCCAUUCUUGGUCAAUAAUGAGAAUUUAGGGUAUUUUUCUCUACCUAUCUCUACACUUGUGACUUGUACAUUGUAAAAAAUGUUACUCAGCAAACUUCAGCUUCUUGUGAACAUGAGUCUGAUUAAAGAUUAAUAAGAAUUUCACCUUCAAAAUCUGUAAAUGAAAAAAUACUGUAGGAAAACACCACAGCAGUAAACCUCACAGAAAGGCACAAGUAAUGACAUACUCAUUUCCUGUAAUACAAGUACCACAAAAGUAAAUAAAAACAGUUUCUUGACCAUA